AAACUUUUCAGGUGUAAACAAGAAGACGCUAAUGAAUAUUUUACUAUCUAAUUGUUGCAGAAAGUUAAUUAAAGUAAUGGGAAUAUUUGAACUUCAAACAUUUAUAAAUAUUAAUGCUAAAGAUUGCAUAAAAUAUGUGUCAAUAAUGGAAGAAAUUGAUAAAUUCGAGAAAUUGAAAAAUGGCCUCAGACCGAUUCUAGUGUUUGAUGUCAUGCCACUAGUGAAUUUAAUUACUAAAGACAACGCACUGGAUGUUCUAUGCGGUGGUCGUCAUCAGAUGCAUCAAAAAUUCUUCGAUGAUUUAUUUUAUCGUUUGUCAAGGAAGAGUGAAUUGAUUUUCUUUCUUGAUGGUUCUGUUAAAGAGUCAAAAAUUCCAACAUGGUCAAAACGACAAAAUCAAAAGUACGAGGAUCAUUUGGAUAUCAUUAAUUACGUCGAUCAAGGAGUUCCCCUCCAUGUAAUUGAAUCGAAACACCGUUCAAAAUUGUAUGUCAACAUUCUUCUCAAUGUUAUUGAAGCAUCUUGUCGGAAAUACGGUCAACUUUACUAUGCUGUGCAUGAAGAAUGUGAUCAGGAACUUGCACGAUUUGCAUUCAAAAGCAAUCGUGUUUUAGCUGUGCUUUCUAAUGACAGCGAUUUUCUCAUCUUUCCUGGAUCAUGGCGAUACUUUUCAUUAAGAGAUUUAAAUCCUCGCACUUUAACUACAAGAGAGUUUGACAGGAAAGCUUUCCGAAAAGCUCUUCAAUUAAGACAAUUUCAAAUGCCAAUCUUUGCAAGUCUUGCUGGCAAUGAUUUUGUCCCACUUUAUGAUCUUCAACCACUUCACAAGAUUCUCUUUUCCAAUCGUAAAAAUAAAUUCCCAGAGAUUUCAAAAUAUGUCAGAAAGAAUUUCAAAACAUUGCAAAGUCGCUCAGAUGUUGUGAAGAUUUUGAAGAAACUUUUAUCAAACAACAUUACAAAUGAAACUUUUAUCAAAAUCUUUCAUAGUUUGGAAUCUUACAAUAUCAUAGAUGAAGUUGAAAACGACAAUUCUCAUGAUCAUUUCCUUUACGAUCAUAAUCUUUUCACUUAUAAUAUUCUCAAUGACGUGUCGUUGGUCUUCUCUUUGGUUUUUUAUGAUUUGCGUCAAAGUCAUUCGCCUUCUUACUACAACUUAUCAGUUCCAAUGUUUCAACGUCAAGCUGGAAUUCUACUGCAACAUCAUUCAAGCCUUUCCAACAGUUUUCUUACAAUUUACACAAAGAAAAAUCAUCACUCGAAGUACAAGAAAUAUUUAGUGGAGCCAACAUUCCCACCAUUCAUCGUUCCAUCGUUGAGAGAGCUUUACUCUGAUAAUAUUGAAGUUGAUGACAUUCGUUUUGAUCUGUUGAAGUGGUCAAUUUACUGGAAAAGGUUGGAAGAUUUCAAUUUUAAAUUAAUUCCAAGACAAUUUCUGACUGAUGUCUUAACAAUUGGCUUCAUGAUUCAAGAACGUUUAAUCACAUCAAUGGAAGCUGACAUUUUCCUUUGGACUAUCAUUAAUGUUGAAUGGGGAAGCAUUCCUCGGAAUUUAAAGCCACCAGAGAAGCUUCAUCCAAAAGCUUUUCGUCUUGCAUUUGCUUAUGUGAAAUUGUUUGCCAACAUCGAUCGUUCAAUCGAAAUUUGUGGACUGAAAAAACGUUUUGGGGUAAAUAUUUUGAAUCUUUAA